AUGAAUGAUUGCCCUCCUAACCUCUAUGCUCGUCUGGCUGCCACUGUGGAUUCUGAAAAAUUCUUGAGUCAGCUUAAAUCUCUUCAAGAGGCAACCAGAAAUGGAGCUACCCCUGGAUUCCCUUUCAACGAGGCUACAGGUAAUGACUUGCACAAUGUGGAAGUUCUGAUUAAGAUUGACCAAGAAGAGCCUAGUAGGUGGGUAUGGGUCACAAAAGAAAUGAUUCAUGGCGAUACUGAAGAACAUAGUGGAAUUGAUAAUGAGUGUUACGUGGUCAUCAACGAGGACUAG